UGGCAAUAUGGCGGACGUACUGGAUCUACAUGAAGCCGGGGGCGAGGAUUUUCCUAUGGACGAGGAUGGUGAUGAAAGCAUUCACAAGUUAAAAGAAAAGGCGAAGAAAAGGAAGGGACGCGGUUUUGGAUCUGACGAAGGAGCCAGGUCGAGAGCCAGGGAGGACUACGACACUGUGGAACAGGAUGGAGAUGAACCAGGCCCCCAGAGAUCUGUGGAGGGCUGGAUCCUGUUUGUGACAGGAGUACAUGAGGAGGCUACAGAGGAGGACAUCCAUGACAAGUUUGCUGAGUAUGGGGAGAUCAAGAACUUGCACCUGAACCUGGACAGAAGGACAGGCUACCUCAAAGGAUAUGCACUGGUGGAGUACGAGACAUACAAAGAGGCACAGGCUGCCAUGGAGGGACUGAAUGGCCAGGAUCUGAUGGGCCAGCCAAUCAGUGUGGACUGGGGUUUCGUGAGAGGACCACCCAAAAGCAAAAGAAGGGGUGGUCGGAGACGUAGCAGAAGUCCUGACAGGAGGCGGCGCUGAUUCCCAGAAUCGCCAUUUUCACUGGCUAUGGCUAGGCUGCUGUCACAUCAACCAACCAAUGGGACAGUGGCAAAGGAAGUUUUAUUUACAGUAGGCAGUAAAGUCACCCCUCUGAAAGAGGUCAUUUUAGUAUGUUUGUCUUCUUUAUUUGCCCUGUAGGUCUUGUGAAUGGCUGUAUAGGGUGAAUUUUCAGAUAUAGCUUGGUUAUUUUAAAGGCACAUAUGCUAUCAAAUUUGUCACAAAUGGAGAGGAAAGAUGGUCAGUUUUCUUUCCAUAAUUGCAUAUUUUUAUACUCUGAAGGAUUAUACUGCUUAUGUUCUCUCUAAAGGUUUUAUAAUGGCAUCAGUCCUCAUUAAACUUCAACAAAAAUGUUCAUAUUGGACCAAAACAACUCGACUGAUUUUACUCUAUACAGCCUUAUCAGCAAGCCUUGGUGUACACAUGAGAUGAGACCUUAAGGAUGUUAGGGUUUGUUCCCCUUUUGUUUGUUACUGUUUUAGAUGAGGCUGUUCGGACAAUUUCUAAUUGACC